AUGGACAUUCAAUCGGCGCAGAAGAAUGAAAGCGUUUAUCAAUGCUGCAGCGGAUUCUGCAUCGACCUGCUUCAAAAGUUCUCCGAGGAGAUCGGCUUCACUUAUGAGCUUGUUAGAGUCGAAGACGGGAAAUGGGGCACGCUAGAGAAUGGAAAGUGGAACGGUUUGAUAGCCGACCUGGUGAAUCGGAAAACGGACAUGGUGAUGACAUCUUUGAUGAUUAAUGCUGAAAGAGAAGCCGUGGUUGAUUUCACGGUACCGUACAUGGAGACCGGUAUCGCCAUUGUUGUGGCGAAAAGGACUGGUAUAAUAUCUCCCACUGCCUUCCUUGAACCAUUCGACACCGCCUCAUGGAUGUUAGUUGGUAUCGUCGCCAUACACGCGGCCACGAUCAUGAUACUGCUGUUCGAAUGGUUGUCACCAUCUGGUUUCAACAUGAAGGUAAACCCUUCAGACGCUGCGCGGAAACUGAAGAAUCCAUCGCCCAAUCAUCGGUUCUCCUUCUGUCGGACGUACUGGCUGGUCUGGGCCGUAUUAUUUCAGGCAGCCGUCCAUAUCGACUCUCCCAGAGGAUUCACAGCCAGAUUCAUGACGAACGUGUGGGCGUUGUUCGCCGUGGUAUUCCUGGCCAUUUACACUGCCAACCUGGCCGCCUUCAUGAUCACGAGAGAGGAAUUUCACGAAUUCACCGGCGUUGACGAUCACCGUUUAGCCAAGCCAUGGUCUCACAAGCCAAUGUUCAAGUUCGGAACCAUACCUUGGAGCCACACCGAUAGCACUUUGGCUAAAUACUUCAAGGAGAUGCACGCUUACAUGAAGAAGUUCAACAAGAGCAGCGUGGCUGAAGGAAUCGAGGCUGUCAUCAGCGGAGAAAUGGACGCGUUCAUUUACGACGGGACGGUGUUGGACUAUCUGGUGGCGCAGGACGAGGACUGCCGUUUGCUAACCGUGGGAUCCUGGUACGCCAUGACUGGAUACGGCCUCGCGUUCUCCAGGAAUUCCAAGUAUCUGCAGAUGUUCAACAAGCGUCUGCUGGAUUACAGAGACAACGGAGACUUGGAACGUCUGAGAAGGUACUGGAUGACAGGUACAUGCAAGCCAGGCAGAGAGGUACAAAAGAGUAGCGAUCCCUUGGCGCUCGAGCAGUUCCUUUCCGCGUUUCUCUUAUUGAUGAUGGGAAUUCUUCUGGCCGUGGCCUUCCUACUACUCGAGCAUUUGUAUUUCAAGUAUGUCAGGCAGCAUCUGGCACGAAGCGACGGUGGUGGCUGUUGCGCACUUUUCAGCUUGAGUAUGGGGAAAUCGCUGACAUUCCGCGGAGCAGUCUACGAGGCACAGGAUAUCCUAAGGUACCAUAGAUGCAGGGAUCCUAUAUGUGACACACAUUUAUGGAAAGUGAAACACGAAUUAGAUAUGGCCAGGAUCAGGAUACGACAGCUGGAGAAGGAUCUGGAGGCACACGGAAUAAAACCCACUCAGGCCAAGAGGAAAACCGGAAGUCUCGGCUGGUGGCGAGGAUGCUUUCAAAGCUCGGACCGCCAUUCACAAGCGGAGUCAUUGGCGGUGGAAGCUCCGCAUCCGCUACCGCCAUACUUCGAUUCAUUCAUCGAAGCCAUCGAUGUUGCCAGGCCUAGGGACAUGACCAGGAACCACGUGGUCAGCACGGAGUAUUCCGACAAAUUUUUACCCCCACAGAUCUACAGCGAAAUGCGAGGGGCCCUCGAGACCGAGCAGUUUCGAGCGAUCGUUCGAAGGAGAAACUCGAGGAGGAGAUACGAGAAGGAUAUUACCGAAAAACAUAAUAUAUAUAUACGAAACAAGUCUCGUCCAGCGGGAAGAACGUUCAGUGCCUAUGGAGAAUAUGUAUCGAGAAACAUCGAGAUCACGAUCUCCUCCAGAGAGGACGACUCGGGUGUUUCGUUUCGGGAAGAGUGUCGUUUUAAGGAAUGGCCUCUAUUGUUAGUGGAGGUUGAAGAGAGGAGACCGAGUGGUUUUGUGGUAACUGUGUAUUUUAACACUGAGUAG